AUGCCCGCCAUUCCAGGAACCCUCUCAAGUGACAUGUUCAACCGUAUUCGCAAACUCUUCCCGAAGCCAGCCACUACCAAGUUUCAAGAACCGCCCGCCAGCUUGACUACGCUUCCGGCUGAGGUAUUGACGAAGAUCAUGGAGGAUGUGGGAUGGGAGGGCAUUCUGGUACUUCGCGAAUGCUCUCGACACCUCGCCAGGGUUUCUAAACUCCGUUCCUUGUGGCUCGACAUCUUUAGACGGUGGUGCGGUGCCACGAUUCCCAUGCCUUUCUUCCUCCCCAAACGGGUCGACCUAUGCACGGCGGAGGAUUUGGAAGAUAUCGUCGUUGGGUUCUGGACCAGGCGUCGCCAUUUGCCAGGUCAGCUCAGGGAACCUCGCGAGCUCGUCUUCGGCCCGCCUCCUCACAGCGUCAGGGAGUUCGAAGACCUUGGGUUCCUACCUGGGGACAGGUUCCUCCUGUAUUAUUCGAAAGUGGAUGGAGCGAUUUACUAUUGUCACGUCGAGCAUCCGGAACACGGCGGCAUGUUCAUCCCCAGCGCGUUCAAGAACCCGGCCAACGCUAGUGCACUGGCAGAAUCGAAGGCUGAAGUGCGGAUUGCGUUCGACUGCUUUGGGGCGCAGGAUAUCGAAGCUACAGAUCGAUCUUCUGGCGAUCUAUACUUCCCGCCUCGGUUCAAUAUGGCACUCGUGCGUUGGCGUUCGGGAGGGGAGGGACCUUUCAUCGAAGUCUGGGAGGUGGCGCCAGAGAGUCGUGCCCUGGACGGACGGGUGCAAGGAUUCACAACUCGAAAGCUGGCUUCUCUCCGCGCGGAUUACCCGGAUUCUCAUGUCUCUUCUCCGUCACUAUACAAGAAUCAUUUAGCGUACUCUCUCGUCAAGACCGGUGUGGUUACUGUCCUUGAUUGGACCCUUGGGUUUUCGCAAGACGCGGAUUCAUAUAGGCGGAUCCACGUUCGCAUCGGAUUCGAUCCCAGGAAAAUCGUCCUCUUACCAAGCAAACGGUUUCUCGCAGUGAGCCAGUCGGGGAUAGGCGUUUGGGAUUGGAGCAAAACUCGGCCACUUACCACUGCUGUCAUCGCGCAGUCGACCACUAAUGAGGGCGAUGUUGACUUCCCUCGAAUCCGACCUAUCGCGAAGAAGCGGUUCGACAAGUACCUAUUCGAUUGCAUGCCCGUCUACUUCAUUCGGGAUUCAAUCCGUAUGGUUGUGGCGCAUUCUGAAUCGAUAUUUGGCGUCGUCAUCCCCUUGUCCCCCUCAUCAGAGCGUCUGAAGAUCCGAAUCGUCUCCCUCGUUGAGGAGACACCCACAGACCCCGAAUCCAUCCUGACCACAGAAAGCCUGGGAUACAACAAGGGCGUUAUCACCGACGAGGACGCCAACUAUUGGGUUGGCUACCCAUGGCCAGACGAGAAAUCAGAAGACCGUGAAGUCGCCGUGGUCGAGCUUCUUCCCCACGACGAGAAUCUCAAUGACAAGAUCUACUUUAGCGAGUCGAUGGACCGGAUCGUCGCGUUUGAUUCGGCCAAGACAGCGUUUUAUGUGUAUGACUUGUAG